AUGCAUGUAUUUGUUACAGGCUCAACAGGCUUUGUCGGCUCAGCUGUCGUCAAAGAGCUAUUAGCUGCCGGUCACUCCGUACUCGGCCUAGCCCGCAGCGACAAAGGAGUCGAGCAGCUCAAGAACCAAGGCGCCGAAGCCCUUUUUGGUACAAUUGAGGACUUGGAAAUUCUCAAGAAGGGUGCUUCUGCAUCUGAUGCCGUUAUCCAUCUGGCAUUUGUACACAAUAUCCAUCUGGCAUUUGUACACAACUUUGCCGAUUUCAUCGGCUGUUGCGCCAUUGAUCGUGCCGCUAUUACGGCUAUGGGUUCUGCUUUGGUUGAAGCCGGCGGCAAUCGCGCCAUGGUCAUUACUUCGGGUACUAUGAUGCUCGCUCAAGGAAAACUUGGCUAUGAGGAUGAUGAGCCUAACAUGAGCAAUCCUAUGGCGGCAGCUCGUGGAGCUUCUGAGCAAUUGUGUCUCGAUUUUGCCAAGCAAGAUGUUCGAGCUUGUGUUGUUCGACUUCCUCCUACGACGCAUGGGGCUGGAGGAGUUUCUGGGUUCAUGGGCCCAUUUGUGGAAGUCGCACUCGAAAAGGGUGUCUCUGCAUAUGUUGUCGACGGCCAGAAUCAUUGGUGCGCUGGUCAUCGUGACGAUGCGGCUAGAUUGUAUCGUCUGGCUAUCGAAAAAGCAGAGCCUGGAUCUGUUUUCCAUGCUGUCGCCGAGGAGAGCGUCACAGUCAAGGACAUUGCUGCUGAAGUUGGCAAACGGUUGGAUGUUCCUGUUGUCAGCAUUCCGCCAGAGAAGUUACAAGAGCAUUUUGGCUGGUUUUAA